AUGAGCAAAGGCGGAAAGGGCAAGAGUAAUUCAAAAUCUGGAUCGUCCGCCAAGUCAUUCUCUGGUGGCCAUGGUGCGAACAACAAGCAUGUAGAGACAAAGCAUGGAGCCAACAGAGGUGGCAAAAAUUUCCCCGUGAAAUUGGCAAUGUGGGACUUCGACCAGUGCGAUCCAAAGAAGUGCAGCGGAAAAAAGUUGGAAAGGCUUGGCGUUAUCAAAUCGCUAAGGAUCGGCCAGAAGUUUCAAGGUAUCGUGGUUUCUCCUAACGGUAAGGGCGUGGUGUGUCCCAACGACUUGCAAACAGUGGAGGAAAAUGGAGCUGCAGUGGUGGAGUGUUCGUGGGCUAGACUGGACGAAAUCCCUUUCAACAAGAUUGGCGGCAAGCACGAACGACUCCUACCGUACCUGGUGGCUGCAAACCAGGUCAACUACGGUCGGCCAUGGAGGCUAAAUUGCGUGGAGGCUCUGGCUGCGUGUUUCGCCAUCGUCGGUCGCAUGGAUUUAGCUACCGAGCUUUUGUCACAUUUCUCGUGGGGCUUGGGAUUCUUGGAGCUCAACAAAGAGCUGCUCGAGGUAUACCAGAAGUGCACAGACUCAGACUCCGUUAAAGCGGCGGAAAGCGAUUGGCUAGAUCAAAUCGAGAGGGAAGCCCAGGAGCGCAAGAAGCGCAGCUCAGACGGUGACCUAUGGAUGACAGGUAAUGUGAAUAGAAAUAUCAUGAGCGAUAGCUCAGAUGAUGAGCCAGACUAUACUGACAGCGAGGGAGAAGAGCAAAACCGUGAAGCUGAAGGCUCAUCAAAUCGGAAAGUUCUCAAAUACGAUAGUCUGGGAAAUGCGAUUUACGAAGACGAGGAGGAGGAGAAAGAUGAAGAAAGUGAUGAGACCGACAGUGAGAGUGCGGACAGCUCGAAUCUACCAAGUCAACGUCUAGACUCGCUGGGAAAUAUGAUCAAAAAUACUAAUUUGAUCUCAGAAGUACGAGGAGACUUGAACGAGCUUUCGAUAAGCUAG